CUAUCGAAUUUGAACGAAUACGACCAUUGGGCUGACGUCAUUUAUUAUUGUCGGAUCUGAUUCGGCUCCAAACCCGUUUGAUGGAUCCGUCUCCUACCGAAUCACUUCAGAGAGAGAGAUCAUCGGAGUGGCGAGCAAUGGAUUUGAAGAAACGGCGAAAGAUUUUGGAGAAGAAAAAGACGAUUCAUGACCUUAUUAAACGAGCUUCUUCCAUCGACGAUCCUCUUUCUCCGUUUGAUUCUUUCCGCCGUUACCGAAGAAACGACUUGUCUUUGUACCUGGAAUCUGGCCGUGGAGAUAGACUUUCCUCGUCUGUGAAGCAAUACAUUCAAAAGCUCUUGAAGACAAACAUGGAAGGGUUUUAUGGGUCUGAUUGGCCUAUACAAGCAAAGCUGAAGCGUAAGGAGAUGUCUUCCGCAGACGCACAUUAUAUCUUUGUGCGUGAGCUGCGUUUUGGUAAAGCCUAUGAAAUAUCUACUCGAAGAGCUUCCAUGGAACAGUGUAAUCAGAUAGCUGGAUUUGUGCAUUACCGGUUUACUUUAGAGGAAGAGAUACCUGUCCUUUAUGUGUAUGAAAUACAACUGGAAUCCCGUGUUCAAGGAAAGGGACUAGGAGAAUUUUUAAUGCAGUUGAUUGAGCUCAUUGCUUCUAAGAAUCGGAUGAGUGCUAUCGUGCUAACUGUUCUAACAUCUAAUGCAUUGGCAAUGACUUUCUACACGAGCAUACUAGGAUACAGAAUAUCAAGCAUUUCGCCCUCGAAAGCUAAUCUUCUGACUUUCUCGGCGAAGUAUGAGAUACUUUGCAAAACAUUUGAUGCCGAAGCUAAAUUUGUGUUGGAGAAGAAUGACGAAGAACCUACCAAAGAUUGAGUAUCAAGCAUGGAAUAGCACAUAUAGAUUCACUACCACAGAGGGUUGUGAUAGGAUGCAGUUAGAAAACAGACAGGUCCCGAUGAAGACUUGGUUCCUCUGAUGACUUGGUUCACACCAGAGAUAGAUACAGAACUCCAACAAUGCCUAGCAACUGAACAAGGCAACUGAAGUCCUUUCUGUUGCCAAAAUGACCAUUUUGAAACCCGAGUCCUCGCAACAAACCAGUCGUGUGCAACCAGCCUAGACUAUAUUUGGUAAGCUUUGAGUACUUCUAAGGUUUCUUCACCUUAUUGGGAAAUUGUACAGAGUUAUAUAUUAGGAGUUAGGACUAGGACUUAGUAGAUUGAAAACAAUUGUUGAACUGGGUUUUGAUAUUUAUGAAUCAGAGAGGUUUUUUCUUGUUUAAAACUGCCAUAAAUGUUGAAUCAUGAGUGGCUUGAACCUUAAUUUCUUGUAGACAGAGAAAUGUGAAAUAGAAAAUGAACUUGCGUAA